AUGUUCACUUUUAGUUGCGAGAAUUCCUUAAAAUCGCUCAUUCUUGCUCUCUCCAAUCCAACAUCUCAAUCUGAGUGCACUGCUGAAGAAGCUUAUACAUGGAGCAAGUGUCAAGCAAUCUUUGCUAGUGCUGUUGAAUAUGAAGGAAAAGUCUUUGUUCCUGGACAGGCCAACAAUGCUUACAUAUUCCCUGGUUUUGGCUUGGGUUUGAUCAUCUCCAGUGCAAUCCGCGUCCGCGAUGAGAUGCUCUUGGCAGCCUUUGAAGCUUUGGCUGCACAAGUGUCACAGGAGAACUAUGAUAAAGGACUGAUUUACCCUCCAUUCUCAAAUAUCAGAAAGAUAUCAGCACAUAUUGCUGCUAACGUGGCAGCAAGGCAUAUGAACUUGGUUAGUUUCAUGAAAUGUUUUGAGUUUCAGACAACUUUGCUCUGUUUUCUUUUCAAUACUUAUAUCUUUUGUGCUGUGUUUGGUAAAACAGAUCUUGUUUCUCAUCUACCUCGACCUAAGGAUCUUGUCAAAUAUGCAGAAAGUUGCAGUACAGCCCAGGCUACAGAAACUACUAUUGAGAUUUUUGAACCAUAUUAUAUCAUGUUUUGUUUAGUUUAG